AUGAAUUCUUCUUACGCUAAUAACCCCAAUAAUAUAUCACCCACUCCAAGAAGAUAUAACCGUCGAAAUUAUCCCAAUACUACCAACCUUGACAUGAACAACAAUGGUACCACUAACUUCUUUUCCAAUCCUGGUUAUGGUGAUUUUAUUCCAAGAGAUACAGUUCCUCCUCCUCCGUUAAAUAAACCAGCUUUUAAUAAUAAUGAAAAUGUCUUUGGGACUACUGCCAAUCCAAGUAAUAAUAUAACAACAGCAGAUGUCGGUAUUAAUAACCCUAUAAUACCAGAAGAAUAUAAGAGAAACUCAGAGUUAAUUAGUAGGUUAUUAAAACAAAAUCAAGAAGUAAUUAAUAAAUUGAAUGAUAAGCAAGAUGAAAUCGAUAAAUUAAACUUAUUGGUAGGUUCGUUGAGAGGUAAAUUAAUUAAAUAUACCGAAUUAAACAAAAAAUUGACUCGCAAACUUAAUGAACAACAAAAAACAUUUGACAGCACUCUGAUCGAUCGUAAUAUAGUAAAUGGUGAAGAAAAAAGAGAAGAAUCGCCGCUACAAAGAGAUUUCAUUCAAAUUAAUAAAAAUAAAAACACCAAGAGUAACAGCGAUUCUAAUAAUUUUGGCUUGUCUAAAGAAACACCAGUAAAAAAACAGCAAAAAAAUACUGUUUUUCUCGAGAAUGAUUCGAAAAUUAAUGAAUUGAAUGAUAAAUUGGAUAUGUUAAUGAACUUUGUUAAGGAAAAACAAGGAAAUGCCUCUUCCAUUAAUCCUAAUACACCUAUCGCACUUAAUAAUAACCAUAAGUCUAGCAAACAUGACUCGAACAAUAAUGUUCUCGGUGAUACAGAAACACGACAAGAACAAGAUUUCAACAAAAAACAAUAUACCGUAACUGAUGAAGAUAUAUUAGUCCAAGAAAGUAAAGAAUUAAAAGAUUUAGAGAUGAAAAUCGAGGAAAUGAAAAGAAAAUUGUUAAUAAAAAAGCAAAAUGAGCUAAGAAAAGUUUCAUUGAACCAAGAAUUAUUAGAUUUGAUGGAUAAAUUAGAUCCUAGUCCUCCUCAACAACUGCCAAUUCCCGCUCCUCCACCCGCUCCUACAACAUCAAAUAAGCAUUAUAACUCCAGUUACAUCAAUCAUCAACAUCCUUAUCAUUAUCAUCGCUACUAUCAUACCCCUAAUAAUGAUGCAUAUGAAAAUGUCCCACAUAGUAAUAACGAGAAAAAUAAUGAUUUCUGUGAACAUUGUUAUAAAGCUUCAAUGGCCAUGAAAAAUGACAGACCACUGACGUCUUCGCCUCUUUUAAAUCAUCCAGAUCCUAAGAGUAGCAGUAUUGGUAAUAAUGGGAGUAGGAAAAACAAUAAGAGCAACAAUUUAAGAAACAUAAGUUCUGCAAGAUCAACAAACCAUAACCACAAUACAGCUAAUAAUAUAAGUGAUUUUAUUAUAACACCUGAUUCUUCUUCAACAUCAUUGGAUCGAGAUUUCUAUCGUAGAGUGCAUAAUAACGGUACAAAAAGAAGAAAUCGUAAUAACAGAAGCAAAGAACAUGAUGAUUUAAGCAAUGAAGAUAAUUACAGUGAUGAAGACCAAGAUGACCUGAGCCAGCCAAAUCCACAAGAUAUCAAUGACAGUGUUUUACAAAGAAAAAAAGAACUAUGGUGA